CAACCAACCAAGACAGCAAGAGAGACCAUUCCAGCUCAAAUCUUGGGGAAAUGAUUUGAUCAAACUCACAACUCACAAAGAUCCAAAAGUCCAUUUUCUCUACAGAUGAAGAGAACUCCAAGCCACCUUAACUUUCCCUCACCCUCAAACCAAAGAAGGCAAAACUUGAACCUGCAACAUGGUUACACAAACAAGCACAAUCAUACAACUCACAGCUCUGUCUUGGAUUAUGUCAAAGGUGCAGCCAAAAAAGUAGCUGGAGUUUUCACCAAACUUCUUUUCAGGAGGAGAAAGCAAAACCACCCAGAAGAGAUUCUUAAACCUGAUUCCGGCAGAAAUACAGCUCCAGUAAGAGGGACUUCCUAUUUCUCUUCAGAAAGCAGCCUUAUAAGUUCAUCAACAUACGCAUCCUCUACUUCAAAUUGUUCGUCUGUUUUUUCCAAUGGCCAGGUUGGAAAUUUCUCCUUGGAAGAGAUUUUUAAGGCAACUGAAAAUUUCUCUCCAGCUAAUAAAAUUGGGGAAGGUGCGUUUGGAACAGUGUACAAGGGGAGGCUCAAAGAUGGAAGACUAGUUGCAAUAAAGCGCAUGAAACAGAACAAGUAUGACAAGCGUUUAUCAUUGGAGUUCAAGAAUGAAAUACUUACCUUGUCAAUGAUUGAGCAUCUAAAUUUGGUAAGGUUAUAUGGAUAUCUGGAGCAUGGAGAUGAGCAGAUGAUUCUGGUUGAAUACAUCAGCAACGGAACACUUCGGGAACAUUUAGAUGGUAAACUGGGAAACGGACUUGAAACAGCAGAGCGGCUGGAGAUUGCAAUAGAUAUAGCCCAUGCAAUUACCUACCUUCACAUGUACACAGAUCAUCCAAUAAUCCACAGAGAUAUUAAAGCGUCAAACAUCCUCAUAACAGAGAAACUGCGUGCCAAAGUGGCAGACUUCGGGUUUGCAAAAUUGGCUGCAAAAGAUCCUGAUACAAGUCAUGUUUCAACUCAAAUCAAAGGAACAGUAGGCUACUUGGAUCCUGACUACCUCAGGACAAAUCAACUCACUGACAAGAGUGAUGUUUACUCCUUUGGUGUAUUGCUUGUAGAAAUGAUGACUGGAAGACAACCCAUUGAAUCAAAGAGACCAUCGCUUGAGCGAGUAACAAUAAGAUGGGCUAUUCAGAAAUUGAAAGAUGGAGAGGUUGUACUUGCCAUGGAUCCAAGGCUGAAUAGGUGCCCGGCAUCAAACAUGACAGUGGAGAAGGUACUCAAAUUAGCUCAAACAUGCCUUGCACCUUUGAGAAAAUCAAGACCUUCCAUGAAAGAAUGUGCUGAGGAAUUAUGGGAAAUACGAAAAGAUUUUAAAGAAAGAUUUGUUCCUCCUUCUACUCCUCCUCUUAUUUCUCAUCGUUCUGCAAACUUUCCUGAGAGAGAUGCCCAGGGAUCUUUUAGUAUUGAAGAUGGUGAGAACAUCAAAUUUGAUUCUGCCUGAUCGAGUGGCAAGUGUGAAUUUAAGAUAAACAAUGUUAUCCUGCAUCUUUGCAAUUUUUUCUUGUGUAUAAACCUAGAGGUUAGCUUGGGGCAAAGCAAGCUUUAAAAAAAAAAAAAAAAAAAAAAA